CCCGAAUCAUUAAUUUUUUUGGGUUUGACAUUUAAUCCACUCUCCACCCCUCCCCUCCUCGCUCCCAGGAUUCGUCUAAUCCCAUUACGAUUACAAUUCCGUUCAAUAUCCGAGAGAUCGUCCAAUAAAAGGAAAAAAAAGGGAAUCGCGAAUCGCGAAUUGAGCGAGCGCAGGACAAGAGAGCGACGAUACCUUUUUUUUUGUUGUCGGGAGAGAGCGCAGCUUGCGUGCACUCUGAAACGAAACGAAUCGAAUCGAUCCCUCCAAGACACCUCUGGGUCGUCAUCUUUCAUCCUUGGGAGGAAUUGAAAAGGAAACCUCUCACAUCUACCCUCCAAACACCUCCAUCGCAACAAUGUCACAAACAGGCUUCAAGCUCUCGCUCUCCUCCUCCAAAAACAAAGACGCCCUGAAACCCAAGUCCAAACUCGGCCUUUCCUCCUCCCUCGCGAAAAACAGCACCAACAGCACAUCCCUCGCCAAGCGCCCGCGGCCCUCCCUCCUCCUCGACGACGGCGCCGACAACGACGCAGAUGACGCGACGAACAGCCAGGAGAUAUCCGGGUGGGACGCCGCGACGGGCGGCGCCAUCGACAUGAACGGCACUGCGGGCGCGGACGCCGCGAAGAAGGCCCCCCGUGUCAUCGAAGCGCUGCCGAAUCGCAACUGGCGAGCCGACGCCGCGAUGAAGAAGAAGGCGGCUGCGGCGCGGGGGGAACAGCAGAAUCAAGAGUUCGAAGAGCCGGAGGUCAAGUUCGGGCUGCAGGUUUUCGAGAAGAAGGAUACUGAGGAAGAUGCAUCCGCGGCGGCACCAGCGACGGUGGUGGUGGAGAAGGUGGACGACGGGCUCACGCCGGAGCAGCGGCUCGACAAGCAGGCGCGCGAGGCGCUGCAGAACGGCAGGGUGGAAGACCGCGCUGUGAUACCGCACGUGCACAUGACGGAGGAGGAAGCGUUCGACAAUGACGUGCGGGAGGCGCCCGACGCGCCCUCGCUGGACGCGUACGAGGCGACUCCCAUCGAGGGGUUCGGCGCCGCGCUGCUGCGUGGCAUGGGGUGGAAGGACGGCGAGGAGAUCGGCGCCGGCAGCAAGGGGAAGGGGACCGUGGCUGCGAAGCCGAGGGAGGUCAAGAGGCGCCCCGCGCUGCUGGGGAUAGGAGCGAAGCCGGAGGCUGCGGUCGGAGAGGAGAUUGGAGCGUGGAGCGGUGGGCCUGGGAAGGGGAAGCGCAGGAAGGAGGAGCAGACGUACACGCCUGUCGUGUUGAGGAAUAAACACACGGGCGAAAUGCUCACGCAGGAGGAGUUGGACAAGAAGCUCCAGGCGCAGCAACUCGUUGACGACAGCAAAGAGCAGGAGAAUAAAAAGUCAGAACGAAGGAGCAAGUACGACGACGAUGACGAGGCGGAGGAGAGAGAACGACGGCGGAAGAAGAAGAGCAGCAGUAGCAGAUACGACGAUAAUUCCGACGACAACGAGAGGGACAGCAGGAGGCGGCGUGACGACGACCGCAGGUACAAAGACAGACGCGACCGGGACCGCAGCAGCAGCAAGCGGGACAGGGACGACGAGGGCAGGAGACGAGACAAGCGUCGUGACCGCUCCGCGGAUGAGGAUAGGGAGCGUGACAGAAGGCGGCGGGACCGCGAUUACUCUGACGACGAGAGGAGGCGCGAGAAGCGGAGGGAGAGGAGGGACGAUCGGAGUAGAAGUCCGGAUAGGGACAGGGAGAGGGAGAGAGAUAGGGAUGCGGAUCGUAAACGGAGGAGGGAUUAUGACUACGAGGAUGAUAGGCACGAACGCAAGAGAAGACACCGAUACGAGGAAGAUAGGAAGUCUAGGAAGUAGAAUAAACCGUUUAUUGGACGGUGGGUGGCAAUACCACCACUACUGCAUCUUGAUAGAGCCAUACCAUAGAAGUACUACCUACGUCAAUGCUAAGAAUGGAUGCAUGAUUAGUUCUCGAUC